AUGCGGCUGCCACUGACAGUCCACCACCGAGAGACAGUGCCAGGCAGGCGCAGGCACAGAACAGGUCAAGCAAGCCAUGCCAUGUGUCGUGCUUUCCCGGGACCGGGGGUCUUUUAACGAUCAGGGUGCUCUUUCCCCGACAUCUACUAGGUUCAGUUACCUUACCUACCUACAGUACAAUCUCACUGCCCAGCUCCUGCGGAGUCGAAUCGAGUCGACAACCAGGCCUUGGAAGGAAGAGGAGAACCCUGGACUUGGCACCACCAACGACAUCUUGCACUCUUCAUCACCACGACAUACUCGAGAUCAACAAUAGCACCUUCAGGACAAAGAUACAGAGCCCUACACCAAAUCUGAAAAAGAUAUCCACUAGCACAGGCGAGAUCGGCAGUCAGCGCGGAAAUUCGGCGCAUUUAGUACAGUAAACGCUGCUGCACUUUGAUGCGCUCUUCAAAAGUGCGGAUCGCAUCACAUCCGCGCAUCCCACAACCCGGCCGAGACAAAAGGCCAAUCAAGACUCUGUCGCAUCAGAUCCCAAAUGUGAUUGUCCUGACUUGCUCGAUUUAGGCGAAAUCGCUUUUCUCGAAACAAUACGGUAGCGUCCACUGCAACAGCGCGCCAGCAGCCUCAUCUCGCCACUCUGAGCCUGAGCCUGUGCCAGCGUUUUGGUCCACGCUCCCCAAUACCAUUCCCACACCCUCACGUUUCUACGACUUCCGGCUGCCGCUCCACUCUCUCAUCUGAAUCCUCCUCAAAGCUCGGUUCAACGUGGGCCCUUUUGAAACGGCUGACGUCGCUUUGCUCUGGUCUGGCUGCUCUGGUUUGGUCACCGUUUCCCUGACCUUACCAUCGAUCCUAGUCACCCCGAGCAAAAGAGCCGCCGCAUUUCCAUUCCUCUUCCAUACCCCAUCGAAGCUGGACGGAGGCACGCCUGGUUUGGGCCCUACCGGCAUCUCGUUGAACCCCGUCUUCCACCUCGACUCACACCCCCCUUCGAUCCACGAUUCUCUCCUCAAACUUACGAACCCCUGCGUGCGACCUUCUUCCACGACAGAUGCUUCUCUUCGUGGAUCCAUGCUGACUGUUCUGAUCCUCUCACCUACGACUUCUGUUGGCUCGCUCCAGUUUCUUCUUCCAAACCUCUCCACACAACCUCAGCGGGUCGGAAUGAUCAACCUCCUCAGUUUACCGUCCUCUAUGGAGACUCCUAUGGCCAAUGCUCGUUGAGGUUCACGCCCCCAGACGACAGAGUCACCCUGUGAGCCUUUCCGUUCCGUAUCGGCCGGUCGUGGGGCCCUCUCCGACUUCAUAUAAGUCCCAUCUCCCUCCAAUGGACCUACGCAGGGCCACGGCCGAGGACGAUGUAUCAUCCACGACCGCUCCUACGUCGCCGCCCCUCAGGCGGCGUGUAUCGAUGGAGGAGGACCUCUACUACCAGCGUGUCAUGACAAGUCCGCGCCGACCCUCCCAGCCGCCUCCGUACCAGCCAGAGCGAGAUCCGCCGCCGACAACGUCGAAUAUCUCCCAUGAUGGGGAUCGUUUGGAGAAGGGGAACGAGCUCACGACUGGUGGGGGCGGCGAAACUCAGCUUCAUCCAGAUACAGGAAAAGAAAACCUACCCGACUAUAAGAACUCAAUAUUACUGGAGGGUGUAUUUGACAAGAAACACGAAAUCGAAAACUUGAUAAAGAGGGCCGAGGAUCGCCAAUGGUAUCCCGUUCACGUCUGUUUGAAUGGAACAGCGCUUAGCAUAUAUGGAACCAAGAAAGCAUGGAGUUGGGGUAGAACACGCAGUGACGGGCCAUCGGUCGACCCAGAUAACCCUCCGUGGGUGAAGAGGGGCAAGCUCGAGAAGACAUAUAGCCUCUUGUAUGCGGAUGUCGGUAUUGCCGCUGACUAUACGAAGAGGCGAUAUACCAUCCGUAUUCGAGCAGAGACAGACCAGUUUCUCCUAUGCUGUAUCGAGCUGAGUACAUUCAACAAAUGGCUCGAAGGUCUGUUCGCAGCUAUCGAUAUUGCUCUGCCUCUGGAAGACCGAGAUUUCCCGCGUGAUAUGUCUAUUCCCCGAAUACAACGAAUCCGUUGGUUCCAUGGCCAAACGCCAACGGCUACAGCUAUUGACUUGUCAGAACUGGGCAUUGAAGGAGGAUCUGAAGAAGUCUCUGCGACAACAAAUGAGGCUCGUCCAUCAGCGCCACCCUUGCGACUAGCUCCAGAAUCUCAAACCAGGCUAGAACCUGAAAUUGAGGUUGAAGGAGAUGAAGAAGUGGUUGAACCCCCUCCGCGAAUAGACCUUGCCCGUCGUCUCAGCACAACGUCAUACAACAAUAUGGGUAUUGACCCUGUCGAUGGAAAAUGGAUACCAGAACAUCAGUGGUCGAGUGCCCAUGACUUGCUGUAUGCCAAGCUCUGUUACAGCAACCUACUCUUUAGAAGUCCCCGCAAAACACCAUACAUCAUCAGCAAGGGCAAGAAGUUCUAUGUUGAUUGGACGACAGGCCGAAUGGUCAGGGUCCUCCCGCCUGCCUAUGGUGAGAUCGACUACUUUGGGGCUUGGCAAACGGUUCAUACCGAAAAUAGACUUAUCUGAGUUCUUGGCCAAACGGACACACCCUCCCUCCUGCCAGCACUAUAUCACCUAUGAUCUAUCUCAUCAUUACUACAUACACAUACUCACUAGAGUCGACAACUAUUCUCUUUCGACAGACACCACCGCGACCAGUCAUAUCCCCUUCAAGAUGACACACAUUUAACCUAUCAUGGGUUCAUUCUACGACACAUACAACUAGAUCAUCUAUCAUAUUUUGUCACAUACGGAGCUAGAUAUUCUUCUCCUCAUCUCUUACUUUCUUAGCAGUACAUAUUUUCUCUGCAUAUCUGGCGCAUGGAAGGCUGCGGAUGCAUCAGCCGAUGAUGACAGGGGCUUACGAUCAUGGAACGGAGUUUGCAUUUCAUUUAUUGUUUGCUUAGAUCCUCGUGCUUUCUACAUUUGAGGACGCUACACGGCAUGGGUUGUGAUGAGUCGCGCCCUCGGCCAUUUGGUUUUCAGCAUGAGUGGCCAUGGCUGCUUUUCCAUAUCAGCAAUUCAUACACGUUUGCAUGGAUUGCGAUGCCUGUACAUAGAAGACAUUGAAAGAAACAUUUUGAAAGAUGUCAUUGCAACUAAGUGCUUGAUUAACUGUGAACGUUGCUUCGUAAAUGCUGUUAUACAAGACAAAACAUUGGUAUAAUAAC